AUGGCUGAUGGUGAAGAUAAUGCAAACAAUGGUGGUGGCAGAGAAGUGGCUAUGGGAAGGAGGUUUGGAAUUUGUGUUGGAAACAACAACAACACGUGGAUGUGUACUUUCUGCUACAAUGUUUGUAAUGGAGGAAUAACUCGGCUUAAACAGCAUUUGGUUGGUGGUUUUAGGAAUGCUACAAAAUGUAAGCAUGUUCAAGAUUGGGUUGAGAAGCUACUUAGAGACUACAAGAUGAAAAAGGAGGCUCAGAAACAAGCUCGUAAUAUGGAUCAUCAACCUGAAGUUGGUGCUGAUGACGAGUAUGAUGAAGGAGAACCAUCAGCUAGUGCACUAUUAUCGAAGAAAAGGAAAAUCAAAGGACCUUUGGAUAAAUACGUCACUAUUCCUCCAAGAGAUGUUCUACAGGGAAGAAAAGAGAGAAAAUGUAUCUUUGGUGCUUGUGAUAAAGAACAAAGGAAUAUAGUUUGCCUUGGUAUAGCUAGGUGGUUCUACGAUGCAGGUCUUUCUUUCAAUGCCGUCACUUAUCCUUCUUGGAAUGAAAUGUGUGAAUUGAUUGGCCUUUAUGGACCUGGUUUGAAAACUCCAAGCAUGUGGGAGGUUAGAGAACCUCUUUUGAAGAGAGAGAAGGCAAAUGUGGGAGCUAAGCUUUUGAAGAACAAGAAAGAGUGGUCAAACAAAGGUUGCUCAUUGAUGUCAAAUGGAUGGCGUGAUCCUGUGUCCAAGAAAGACAUUGUAAAGUUCUUGGUUAACUCGACAAAAGGUUCUGUUUUUCUCAAGUCUAUGGAUGUUUCUGAGGUUGUGAAAGAUGCUAGAUUGCUGUUUGAGUUGCUGUAUAAGAUGGUAAAGGAAGUAAGGGAACAUAAUGUCGUGCAAGUUGUAACAGACAAUGCGUCUAACUACAUUAAGGCUGGAAAGUAUCUUAUGGAUGAGAGAAGACAUCUAUAUUGGACUCCAUGUGCAGCUCACUGCAUUGAUCUUAUGCUGGAAGACAUUGCAUCACUCCUAGCAGUGAAGAAUGCAAUGAAGAAGUGUAUGUUCAUGAACAACUUCAUAUAUGGCCGUGUCCCUAUUGUAAACAUGAUGAGGAGGUUCACGAGUAACCGAAAUCUGCAUAGGCCUGUCAUUACGAGAUUUGCUACUUCUUUCAUCACAAUGUCUCAGUUUCAUAAGUAG